CAGAAUUAAAAGUUUGUUUAGAAUGUACCAAAGUAAUGUUCGAGAUUUAUUUAUAAUUUGAAAAUAUUUGUUUUUGUAAUUAAUUAUCGUGUUAAUUUUAAAUACUUAAUCGUCGCGGGUUUGUCAGAUUUCAGGUAAACUGCUCUUUAGAAAUCACACAAGAUAAAUUAUAGAAAAGAGGAUGAAAACACAAUUGCCACCCUGUCGUGUGUCCCCACUUCCAUUUCCAACUACGCUUUAUAAUUAUGCUUUAAAGAAUCCGUUAAAUCCCGAUGAAAAACAUACAACAUUUGGCAAUUUUAGUCAUGAUGGAAUGUGGGUAUGGUUGAUAAAAGGAUCUAGUCUGGAAGUGUUUUCUACACACACUAUAGAAAGAUGCAGCAGUUGGAGUCUUAGUGUUCCAACAAAAGAUUUUGUAACUUCGAUCUCGGCCGUCGUAGAAUUUAGAGCGGUCGUCAAUCCGGUAUUACGUCUUUUAAUUGCUGUGGACUGGGGACGAUCCAACAGUCUCUUGUGUCUGUACGAUGUGAAAAUGUCAAAAAUUCUAAAGGCAAUUGAAUUUUCCUCAAAGAUAACGUCUUUAGAUGUGAUAAGUUCACAUGCAGGAACAUGUUCGGAAACUUAUGCUUUGAGCAAGGAAUUGUGUUACAUGUUUGGAAUUGUGGCUGUUGGCAUGUCUAAUGGUCAAGUACUCAUUGUUGAUUUAAAUUUAGAUGAUGACAAUUAUUGUAAUGAAAAUGAUCCUAAUACUAUUACUUUUAUCACACAACAAACUCACAAUAUUAUGGGAAAAAGGGAAAAUGCUCAGGCACAUAAUCAGCAUUUGUGUCUUCCACUAAAUGGUGACAGGCAUCAUGGCUAUUUUCAAUAUAGAGAUCAUGAUAAUAGUCCGUUGCAAACUUUUAAUUCAGAUGAUGCAGCAGUUACAGUUCUGAAAUUUUUUCGUCAUGUCAACUUACUUGCUGUAGGAUUUCAGUUUGGAGGAGUUCAGUUAUGGAGCAUGUCACACUUGAACCUGCAUUAUAGUUGUCCAUUAGAAGAUUACAUGCUUCCAGUCAUUAAAUUUGCAUUUCAAGAACCAGAAAAUGAUCCAAAGAAUUUCUGUUAUUUUUGGGCUAUUAGGGGUACAGAGGAAGAUCACCCAGAAGUGCAAACAAUAGCAUCACUUUACUCAUUAUCUUAUUCAAAAAAAGAAUUAAUUGAUAAUUAUGGAUUUCUCUAUCAGGGCUUUCAAAACUGCUGUCUUCGCUUUGAAUAUGCCUUAGGUACUGAUCCUCUCCAGUCAAAUGAAAAUGAUGAAGUAAUAAGUCGCCUUAUAUCCUGUUACACAAUCCAGCAAUCAGAUAUUUUAUCAAUAGGCAGACCAGAACACGAAGAUACAUUACAUAAUGAAGAUUGGAAUACUAGUCCAGACUAUAGUUUGUGUGUUCUUGCAUGGGAAGCUUCAGAUGAGAGCACAGAAAAUAGUCCAGUAAGCUACUUGGUAUUAUUUGAUAUGAAUCAAUGGUAUAGGACACAAAUGCCACAUACUGUCAGGUGUUCGAGUACAAAAUUCUGUUCCUAUUUAGGUAUCUUUUCACUCUCUCAGAUAUCUGAACAAUCUUCAACGUUGCCUUUAUUAAAUCUUCAAAUAAAAACAAAUACCUUGGCAAAGUUUAAAUCUUUAUCUACUGCAGACGAAUUUUAUUUCCCAGCUUCAUUAUCUUUUAAAUUAUUUUCUCUUAUGGAAAGUGGAAUCAUAGAAGCAGAGUAUUUGGGUUGUCAACGAAUGGUGCUUUCAGAAAUGAUAAAUGCAGGACCAAUGUGUAUUUUAGAACCAAAGACUUUAUUUUCCUUUUGUGAAUUUACUGGCUUAAUACAACAAAAACAGGGAAAUGCUUUGUCAAAAACAUUAAUGAGAGAAGCUUUAUUGUCGGUUGCUUUGGAAAAUAAUUUAUCAUAUUUUAUAAAUUCCUGCAUUCAAAUGUGGAGCAAGGGAGAAUUUGCAUCUUCUGGUUGUACUCUAAAAUUUAUUUUUGAUUGGCUGUGGAAAAGGGUUAGCCAAAUAAAAACCUCAAUUGACAAAUUAUGUGUUCCUCUUUUUAAUUAUUCUGGUCAAGAAUUGGAUCACUCGACAUUAAGGCUUUUACAUCACUAUGUUAGCAAAUUGCAAACACUUGCAAGUAUUUUUCAAUUACUUCAAAAUCAAGCUGUGCCUAUAAGAGAACAAGGAGAACAAGAACUUGAACAGAGGAGAGAUGUGACUCAGUUAAUAGCAGUUUAUCUAAAAGUUAUUUUAUGGUUAUAUAACUGCAGUUUAUUGCCAGAAUAUAUAGAAGGUGAAGCUUACGGAGAAAAUGAAGUUGCAUAUCCUGUCUCUGUAUUAUCAGAAGCUUAUUCUUCGAGACGAGAAGAACUGCAAAAACUUCACAGCACUAUUGGACAAACUGAUAUAUUAAUAAUUGAUGGAAUGAUAUCAGAAAUGGGUGCAGCCUUGAGUAAUCAAUGGGAGAAAGCAGGAUGGAAUGGAGUGUAUCCUCCUCCCAGCUUCUAUGCAGUUUUAAAUACAUAUCUCAUUAAUACAAUUUCUAUUAUGGAUAAACACCAGCUGAUGCUGUAUGUUCUGUUGGAUAUGGCUUCAUUUUUAUCUGACAGACAAAGUCAUUUGGUAGAAAAGUUUAUGAAAUUUCCUGCAGUAUUUUGUUUGAAUCCAAGCCAUGUAAAAAUUGUUCAUAGUUUCUGGUUAUUAGAUCAUCAAGAUUUUGAGGAAGCAAUUUCUGUUCUAUUAGAUCCAAUGAUAAAUUCUCUGGAUAUUUUACCAUGGCAACAUGUUAGAAUUUUAAAGGCAUUUUUAUAUCAAGGAGAACAUAAAAAAGCAAUGAAAUAUUAUCAAAUAAGAAAUCCUCCUCACCAGACUCCUGAAGAAGUAAAGCUGUAUCUUACAAUAUAUUUGGCUAAUGGAUUAACAGCUCAGGCAUUUCAUUUCCAGCGCAAAUUUCACAAUCAAGGAAAUGCCGAAGACCUUUUGAAUCAUUUUUUUCUUGGCUGUCAACAGACUGGAAAUCUUGAUGCAUUGUUUCAAUUGCAUUUAAGACCUUUGGAAGAAGAUGCCUUGAUUAGCUUUCUCCAUAAUAGUUCUGAUCCUAAAGCUCAAGAAUUGCUCAUUAUGUUCUUUCUGCAACGUAGUCGACCUAUUGAAGCAGCCUAUCUAAACGAGAAAUUGAAUUCCCAAUUUUCAACACAAGAUUAUCAGAAAGCUGCAGCUCGUAAUGCACUUGUGAAUGGCUACAUGCAGAUACUACCAAAAAUUCAAAUGCAGUUAGUUAAAGAAAUUGGUUCCCAAUCGUCAUCUAAAUUUACAAUUCAAAGACAAACUAUACCAAAACCACAGCCAUUGUCAUCUACUAUAAAAGUAAAAACACUUGAAGCAGUUUCUCGUUCAGAUCUUCAUUUGGCAGUCAUCAAUAAAGUAAAGGAAAUACAAGAAACAUCAAUGGAAUCUGAAAAUUCUUUUAAUAAGAGUUCAAAAGGAAAUAAAUUUUGGAAAACCGAUUCAAUUCCGUUUAUUGGAACACCUCUCUCUCGCAAUGAAAAAUCAACAAAUGAAAUGAAACACGUGGUCUAUGCAACACCUAUCAUUCGACACCUUAAUAAUGAAAAAGAAUAUUCUGUAUCGCCAAAGUCUAGACUUUAUGAUUCGUUUCGUCACUCUGAAAGUGAUAAAAAAAGAAAUUAUAGAAUUUUAAGUGGAGAAGUUUCAUCUUUACUUCAAACACCGCCAAUAAGAAAAAAAACUCCAGUGGGACGCUCAAAAAUAUUAGACCAAAGAAACAGUUUAAUGAAUGUAACUCCUCAUUCAAUUUUAAAAGUCAGAAGUGAAGGUUCUAAAGUUGAAAAUAUGUAUUUGGAAUCUACAAGAUUAUCACAAGGUAACUUAAAUGAUGUCUUUGAGAAAUCUGAUUACAAAGAUGAUGAUAGCACAAAUCCAAGUGAAAGUAUUGAUAUCACUGAACAAGAAGAUUCAAACGUCAAACAAUUAAGGUUUAAAGUUCCUGAAGUUCGUUCACCUCUCGGUGGCAUUACUGGAAAAUGGUUAACACCAAAUAAAAGUAUUUUAAAAAGCUUUUAUGAGAAGAACUUAUUGAAAGAAAAUUAUAAUAUUACCAAAUGUAGAAGUGUAGAAUGUAGUGCACGACCUUCACUUCACGAUAAUGUGACUACACAGACUGUUGGACAAGAUGUUUAUCUAUCUCCAAGUAUAGUAAGUGAAAAAAUGGAACUAGGAGAAGAGGAAAAUGUUCCUGAUAAAGAUGCUCCUGUGCUUAAAGAAAAGAAUUUCCCAGUUCCUGAAAUUGAAAUGAGAGAAGAGUCUCGAGCCACUUCCGAAUCUUCAGACAAAACAGAACAAAUGCCACAGAUUGAGUAUUACGGAGAUGAUUUGAAAAAAGAAGUGAAACAAAAAUUAUUUGAUAAGAAAGAAAGUGAAACAGAACCUUCGCUUGUUUUGUCAGAUUCAGAAAGUGAAUACGAAGAGUGUUUAAAAGAUGAAUUAACAGAAGAAAGACUAAGAAUAGAGUCGGAAGAUUUUGGUAUAGAAAAGUCUCGAGAUAAAGAAAUGGAAUCCGAAUCUAUAAAUUUAUAUUCAAAAAAUGAAGACUUGUCUUUAUCCCAUAUUUCUCCAAUGAAAAGUUCAAUUAAUUUGCAUUUAACUCCAGAAAGUACUCCAGAAAAACAUUCUUUACAAGUUCCAGGAGAAAAGUCAUUAACUAGUAGCCCUUUUGAAGGAACAAGAUCACGAUCAAGAUCUAAAUCUAAAAGCCCCAGUUCAUCUCAUUUAAAAGAGACACCACCGUCUCAACUGAAAUCAUCUACACUGUUUAAGAUGACAACAAGAAGUAAAACGAAAGAGUUACCAGAAAGUACAAAACAAACUGUAAAGACUCCAAGAAAGUCAAAAAAAUCUGGAGAUGAAAGCAGUGAAACCAAAGAAUUAGAUGAGACACAUUUUACAUUUAGUGAUCCUAAUAUAGCAGAAGAACCCAAAGUUUUACCCCAGUUAUCUACACCUCAGACUUCUGUUCCUUCAUUUGUAUUUUCUCCACCAGUUACAAGGUCCAGGUCAAGACAAAAAAAGACUGAUGAUAGUUUUCUUUCUAACACUUCUAUCCUGACAGCCGAGCCACAAUCAAGACAGAAGAAAUCUGUAAAAGAAGAACCGACAGAUAUUUUCAUGACACCUAUCAGGGAAAAAGAAGUUGCUAGUGUUAAAGAAAGUGCCAGUCAUAUUAAGAAAAAUACUGGAAAAAAGAAAAGAAUAUCAAAAUUAUCAAUUACACCAGCAUCAACUAGUGUCAUUAGUUUGGCUACACCAGUGUCGUCAUCAGUUUCUGCAACACCUUCUCAUCGUAGUAGUGUCACGGGUAGACACAGCAUGAAGCUGAGGAAAGAAAGACAAGCAAAAACAAGGAAAUUUACAAAUCUGUAAUCCCCAAAAGUUUUGAAAAUUUUUUAAAUAAAUAUUUUGUACUUAUUUCUGAUCACUUUUGUAUUAAAUAGAUCUCAUCAGGAUUCAUUUACUGUAAAUUCUUAUUUACUGCUGCUAUGCAUUUAUCAGAAUGUAAAUCAUAUAUUACAAAAUUAUAAUCUAUUGAGUUGAUGAUGUACAGAUAUUU